AUGUCUUCACUACCCCGAAAAUGGGCACAAAUAAAUACCAGGUUUGUGAAGCCAAAUUUCAACAAUUUGAACCAAUUUAGAUUUAUUUCAACCGAGAUUAGAGAUGCUAUCGACAGAGCAGUUCAAAGUUCCAAAGUUGUUUUAUUCAUGAAAGGGACUCCGGAAUUCCCACAAUGUGGAUUUUCAAGAGCCACCAUCCAAAUGUUGGGACAACAAGGAGUUGAUCCCGAAAAAUUUGCUGCUUAUAACGUUUUGGAAGAUCCUGAAUUAAGAGAUGGAAUCAAGGAAUAUAGCCAAUGGCCAACCAUCCCCCAAUUGUAUGUAAAUAAAGAGUUUGUAGGAGGAUGUGAUAUUGUCAUGUCUAUGGCUCAAAGUGGAGAAUUAAGUGAGUUAUUAGAAGCCAACGAUUGCUUGGUUCCUGAAGAUGAAGAACCAGAACAAGCUAACAUCAAACCUUCUGAAAGAAGCUAA